GGUUAGAUAAAAUCGCCAGAGCUCCACAUGUUCUUCCUUUCCGAGUGAACGCCGAAGUCGCGAACGGACCAUGUCUAGCGGUUCUGCUGAUUACAACAGCUCACGAGAUCGAGACCAUGGGGGGCCUGAAGGAAUGGAGCCUGAUGGUGUCAUCGAGAGCAACUGGAACGAGAUUACGGACAAUUUUGAUGACAUGAGCCUGAAGGAAACUCUCCUUCGUGGAAUUUACGCUUAUGGUUUUGAGAAACCCUCGGCAAUCCAGCAGAGAGCUAUAAUCCCUUGCAUAAAAGGAUAUGACGUUAUCGCUCAGGCUCAGUCAGGCACUGGUAAAACGGCCACGUUUGCCAUUUCCAUCCUGCAGCAGUUGGAGAUUGAGCAGAAAGAGACUCAGGCUCUGGUCCUGGCACCAACCCGAGAGCUCGCUCAGCAGAUUCAGAAGGUUAUCCUGGCCUUGGGUGACUACAUGGGCGCUUCUUGCCAUGCCUGCAUUGGAGGCACCAAUGUGCGGAACGAAAUGCAAAAACUCCAGGCGGAGGCUCCACACAUCGUCGUUGGCACGCCAGGCCGUGUGUUUGACAUGCUGAACAGGAGAUACCUGUCUCCCAAAUGGAUCAAGAUGUUUGUCCUUGAUGAGGCCGAUGAAAUGCUGAGUCGUGGGUUCAAGGAUCAAAUCUAUGAGAUUUUCCAGAAGUUAAGCACAAACAUCCAAGUUGUGCUGCUUUCGGCCACCAUGCCUGCUGAUGUGCUGGAGGUGACCACCAAGUUCAUGCGUGAACCUAUUCGCAUCCUGGUGAAAAAGGAGGAGCUGACUCUGGAGGGUAUUAAGCAGUUUUACAUCAAUGUAGAACGAGAGGAGUGGAAGUUGGACACGCUGUGUGACCUCUACGAGACGCUUACAAUCACCCAGGCUGUUAUCUUCUUGAACACGAGAAGAAAGGUUGACUGGCUGACUGAGAAGAUGCAUGCCAGAGAUUUCACAGUGUCUGCUUUGCACGGAGACAUGGAUCAGAAGGAACGAGACGUAAUCAUGAGAGAGUUCAGAUCUGGCUCUAGCAGAGUGCUCAUAACCACAGAUUUACUGGCUCGUGGGAUUGAUGUGCAACAAGUUUCACUUGUCAUCAACUAUGACUUGCCAACAAAUCGUGAGAAUUAUAUCCAUAGGAUUGGCCGUGGAGGUCGGUUUGGCAGAAAAGGUGUAGCCAUCAACUUCGUUACAGAAGAAGACAAAAGGAUUCUUCGAGACAUUGAGACGUUUUACAACACAACUGUUGAGGAGAUGCCCAUGAAUGUCGCUGACCUGAUUUAAACUUUGGAAAUUAACGCGGGGAUAGCCGUUGAAUGAUCACUUCCAUUUGCGCUUAUUUUAUUGGAAGAAAAAAACCUACUCCUCAAUGCUGGCUGUGGAUCCGACUUAAGAAUUUGAUACGGACGUUGACUCUCUGUGUGGACUGUUGUAGACUCCUACCAUAUCAGUAUUUACUGGUGGUGGUAUUUACAAAACAUGGGUUCUUUACAUGUAUUCUUUUUCAGGUAUUUUUUCCCUAGUAUGUUCAAAAUAUACGUGUUGGAUGUUCUUCAUCGUUUAGUAAUUUACUUGUGGACUAAAAGAUACAAGUGCUGCAUUAAGUCUGCCAAUUAUGUUAUGGUAACAUAUGUGUGCAGUUUAACUUGGUUCACUUCACCUAUUUAGUAAUAUAAAGGCACUUUUUAGUUUUGUGCAAUGUAUGCUUUAAAUGUAUAUUGUUAUCAAGUACUUCUUUGAAGAGGACUUCACAAAAAGGUGGGUCUUAACAAUGAUCCAUGUAGUGUUUGGUCCAUUUGACAAUAAAGAGGAUGAUUAUUCUGUCCAUGAA